AUGGUAACUGUAUUCAAUAUACUUUACAGAUUGCUGAGUCUAGAUGUAUCUUCUUUGGAAGAUGUGUACUGGUUGGAAGACUCGACGGCGCGGCAUGUGCUGGAAUCGAAGGACUUCGGCACGUGGACUGCGGCGCGACAGAGUCUGCCCACGGGCAAGGAAGCGCUGCAAACACUCAAGGCGGACCUCUGGACUGCUGUGGUUAAAAAUAGCAAACAUCCAGACGCGUGGACGUGGGGCGGCAUGCUGGUGGUGUCUGUGUCUGUGUGCGGGCUGGUGACGCUGGCGGCCAUGACGCAGCCCUCCCUCGCGCCAGAGGCCAAGCACUCGCUGCUGCAAUAUGUCACCGGGAAAUAUCUCUAUCCGUCCAGUUGCUCGGUGGAUUGGGGCUGGAAGGACCCGCAGGUGGUGGGUGAGACGAUGUGCUUCACAGUUUUCUGUUACCAGCGCAACGGACAACCUUACCCUAUUUGCGACACUGACGAGCUUACUGUCGUCAUUUCCCAUGGCACUAGAAAGAUAACGCCCGUGGUGGAGCUGGGCUCGGGCGACCCCGCGCAGGCGCACACCGCGCGCGUGCAGUUCACCGUGCGCGUCGCCGGCCUCUACACCAUCGCCGUCACCAUCGAUACUCCUUUUUACGGAGGCUCAUCUUGGGAUCUGCACGACGUUUGCGAUGACGUCUAA